AUGCUAUCGUUUGGAGAACUAAUGAGCGGAGCAUUAUCGGGAAUCCUCCCCGUUGUCCUGCUUGUUGCCGCUGGAGCCCUCAUACCUCCCACAAAACUUUUCAAAGCAUCGGAGUUCCGCUACUUUUCAGCUCUUGUGUUCAAGUUUACAUUUCCUAUUUCGUUAAUCUAUACUCUCGGAGCCAGAGUCACAAUUGUAUAUGAAGAUCUUUUGAUAAUCGCAGCUUAUUUUGCAACAAUCUUGAUCAUGUUCUUCCUGUGUAUGUUUCUGGCCCUGUUUUUGGACAAGCAUGAAAACUUUAUUGCAUCAACAGUUCAUAUGUGGUGCGGAUCAACCUUAAGUAAUUGCGUUGCCAUGGGCGUCCCCAUCAUUGCCGGCCUCUUUGGAUCCAAGUAUGAGCGUUACUGCUUCAUUCACAUGUAUCCAUGGGGCGGCUGUCUCGUCUUUUAUUAUUUCAUGUACGAGCUUUGGACAACCAUCCAGCAACAGAAAAAGCUGCGCCAACCAACGCAGGACGCUUCACCACACGGUCGUGGUCAAGGCUGUAGUAGAGGCAGGGGGUCUGAUGAUUCCGAUGGAUCAUAUAUUCCCCAGGCACGGUCUUCCAUGCAAUGUCAAAGUGAUAUGUGUCUGGAUAAUGUGCAAAUAGACACAACCAUCCCACCUACCUCAGGAGAAUUUCCUCUAUCAGCGAACCACGAGGCGUCCAGAACCAAAGCCAAGGUUAAAGCACCUAAACUAAACAUUAACUACCGAAAGGUAAUCUGCAUCUCAAUGCGUAACACUUUCAAGGUUCCAAUCAUCCUCUGCCUACUUAUUACGCUCGUCUAUCUCAUCGCUGGAAGCUAUGCCCCACAGAUUAAGACCCUCCCGACGCCAAUCCGUUUAUUCUUUGUCAAUCUUAGUAACACAACCACUCCCGUUGCUAAUAUCAUGAUGGGUAUGUACGGAUACCACAAGGUUGAGGAGUGCAUAGAGAAGUAUCGGAUGAGCAAGGCACAAGGUUGCCUCAAAGAAUAUAAUAGAUACAUGUGGAUAGAGACGUUGCGGUUUUGCAUUAUGACCCUCUUGCGGCAGUUCAUUUUCCCUCUCAUCAUGAUGGGGAUAAUGUUUGGCAUGAAGUUGGAUAAGGAGCUCAUCGCCAUCAACACUAUCCUUGCGGCUACCCCCACUGGAGUUUUCUGCUUCGUUAUGUGCGACACCUACCGUUACAAUGGUUUAAGCACCGGUGCUGCUGCAAUCAUCCAGUGCUUAACUAUGUUCUUAGCUGUCCCUGCACUCUACUACAUCUGCAUGGCAAUCUGA